AUGGACUGUGAUGCUGAAUAUAGACAGAUAGUUCGUGAAUACUCUAAGCCUUCGGGUAAGUUUUUUGAGGCCUUACAGCUAGUUUCUAGCCAAAGCGGCCAACAUCAACUUACCCUUACAUUAUUGGACAAUAACGAAUUAAUGAAUCUCAAAGUGAACGUUCAAGUGUGUGAAAGUGGAUGGUUUAAUGCCUCUUCCGAGAUAGCAAUAGAUUUCUUCCCAACUUUUGAGGCGCUUGCUUGCCAAAUUAGCCCUAAAUUUAAAAAAGCCUGGUGGGAAGCUUUGGAUGCUGCAGUCAAACAGCAGAUAGCCCACUUCUAA